UCGAAUCUAUACUUUAUUAUCUUGCAAAUUUCAAAGAUGAGCUGUCACACAGUUUUUAAUGAAUAUUGUUGUUGUAAAUUUAAAAAUUAAAUAAUAUUUCUUUAGUUAUAGCAGUAUAUAUAAGUAAUAUGAACCCAACAAACAGAACAAGUAUGGAUACUGAAGAAAUGGAAGAGGAGGAAGAUGAAUUUCCCACAGAUCCAAUUGAGGUUUUAAAAAUAUCUGCAAAAACCUUAGAAGGAUCAGCAUUUGGUGCACGCCUACCAUCAGACCAAAUGACUGCACAAGAGGCAUCAUGCUUUCAAGAUAUCAGUCAGGGUACAACUGAUGUUCAGAAGAAAUUUCUAUAUAUAAGGAAUCGAAUCAUCCAACUUUGGUUAAGUCAUCCUAGAGAGGAGCUGAUCAUUGAGAAAGUAAUUCCAAAUAUUGAACCACCUUACAACGACGAUGUGAUUUUGAUGAAAAGAAUCCAUGCGUUUCUCGACAGAUACGGAUCAAUAAACAUCGGUGUUUACAGACUUCUUCGACAGCCACCACAACUAAAAAAUGCACCCAAAAUUAUUGUAAUUGGUGGUGGUGUAUCUGGGUUGACUGCAGCACGCCAACUACAGUCAUUUGGUUUUAAUGUAGUUGUGUUAGAAGCUCGAGAGAGGGUUGGAGGAAGAGUGGCAACCUUUCGACAGGGUCAAUUUAUAGCAGAUCUUGGUGCUAUGGUUGUAACUGGUUUAGGUGGAAAUCCAGUGACUGUGAUUAGCAACCAGGUUGAUGUUAAAUUAACAAAGAUUCGACAGAAAUGUCCAUUGUUUGAAUGUAAUGGACAAAUGGUUCAAAAAGAAAAAGAUGAACUGGUUGAGCGGGAGUUCAACCGAUUGCUUGAAUCAACAUCAUACUUAUCUCAUGUGUUGGGUUUUAAUGCUUUAUUUUCAAAGCCUUUGUCUCUUGGGAAUGCUAUUGAAUUGGUGAUAAAGUUGAUGGAGAAACAAGUCAAAGAAAAGCAGUGUGAACAUACUCGCAAAAUUAUGGAGUUGCAGAAUACUCUGAAAGAAGUCCAGGAUGAGAUGAUGAAAUUGCUGGAGAAAAUUGAACCAGCUCAUUACGAAUGGAACCAAUUGGCACAGAGUAAAAAACCACCGAGAGAUGUCACAGACGAGUUUCAAGUCCGAAGCAAACAACGAGAUUUAUUGGUGCUCUUUCGGGCUUAUGAUUCUCUGGUUGAAAAGCAAAAAGAAUUGGAAACAAAAAUCAAAGAUUAUGAAGAAAACCCACCAAGUGAUGUCUAUCUGUCUUUACGUGACCGACAAAUUCUUGAUUGGCAUCUCGCUAAUCUCGAAUUCGCGAAUGCAACGCCACUCUCUUCGCUUUCUUUAAAACAUUGGGAUCAAGAUGAUGACUUUGAGUUCACAGGUAGUCAUGUGACCGUCAGUAAUGGUUUUUCCUGUGUACCAGCGGCUUUAGCGGAAGGAUUGGACAUCCGGUUAAGUACUGCUGUCCGAAAUGUAAAGUACACUAGACAAGGCGUGGAGGUAGUUGGUGUUUCCAGUAAAAACGGAGUGUCCACAAGCCACACGUUCAAAGCUGAUGCUUUGUUAUGCACCCUUCCUCUGGGUGUUUUAAAACAUACUAACCCUCCUUCGGUUCACUUUCAUCCACCUUUACCAGACUGGAAAACAGGUGCGAUUGAGAGGAUGGGAUUUGGGAAUCUAAAUAAGGUUGUGUUAUGUUUCGAUCGAAUAUUUUGGAAUCCUGGUACGAAUCUCUUUGGUCACGUGGCAAGCACAACAGCCAAUAGAGGGGAGUUAUUUUUAUUUUGGAGUAUCUACAAGGCACCAGUGCUGUUAGCGUUAGUGGCUGGUGAAGCGGCGAAUAAACUUGAAACUUAUCCAGAUGACGUCAUUGUAGGCAGAGCGAUAUCAGUACUAAAGGGUAUAUUUGGAACGAACAAUGUGCCUCAGCCAAAAGAAACAAUUGUUACUCGAUGGAAAUCUGACGAAUGGUCACGUGGUUCAUAUUCUUACGUCGCUACAGGAUCAUCCGGAAAUGAUUACGAUGUCAUGGCCGCCCCCGUUGCGCCGCCUCCUACGCCAGGAAUGCCAAAUUUCCCCGGAUCAAACGCUCCACGCGUUUUCUUUGCGGGAGAGCACACUAUUCGCAAUUAUCCCGCAACAGUUCACGGUGCUCUGUUAAGCGGGUUAAGAGAAGCGGGACGAAUUGCAGAUCAAUUCUUAGGUUUGCCGUACGAUUUGAACAAAUUUUCAACGCAGCAAUCCAGAUAAGCCAAAUAAAGCCAGAUAAAAAUACUUUUUGAAGACGAUAUUAAAAACUAGGGAUGUAAAAACAUUUUUAAAAUUGUAUAAACAUUAUCCGUUUUUAUUUAUUUAAUAAAUUUAUGACAUAUUUUA